AUAAGGACUUUAUCAAUACUCAAACAUCGGCGAUCACGCGUCGAUAUUCCCUAGCAGAUACCAUGCCUUCUCAAUCCGACGACUUGCUUCUAUCGGUAUGUUGUCGCACUUUUCCAUCGUGUCAGGACUUCCAAGGUUGUGGGCAAUGGAGUGUGGAUGCACGAUUGACUCGGACCAGCUCCAAUCCUCCCUCCGCAAUGCGCUUGCAACAUUCGGUUCCAACAGCACUCAAUAUCGCAAUAUUAAGCUGAUGGUGGACGAGUAUAUGGCUAAGAUCGCUAUGGAGGGGCUAUCCAUAUCUUCAAGCGAGCCACGUCAGGAAGAUGAGAAGAUGCAGAUGGGUUAGAGCGGGGUUGUUGUCGAUACCCACUUCUUCCAAUGCGCACUCUUGAUACCCUCAGCUGCCUUCAAGGCCAAGAUUGAACACUGGUGUCGUAUUGCAGCUAUCUAGGUACUGGUCCUUCUACAGGUGGUCCCUU